AUGUCGUCACUCUCUCUCAUCGUCUACGCAAAGCAGUCACCAGGAACCGAAAGGGAAUGGAAACGAUGUUGGCCGUUUCUUACUGGAUUCGCCGUGACCGGCGUUCUCAUCACCAAGUUCACGGCUGGACUCACUGGCCUGAUCAUCACUUUCAUCUUAUCGUUUGUGUUGAAUCAGAUCGGAGAUAGGAAGACGCUAAGAAUUCCAAGUUUGUCCAACAACACAGGCGAUGGUAUUGCUUGA